AUGGAUGUUGUUGGUUCCCGAUUCAGACCAACUCAACAAGAGCUUCUAUGGCUUCUUGAGCGUAAGGCUUGUGGCGAAGAAAUUUCAACGCAUACAAACAACGUUCUUGAAAGAGAGUUAUACGGCGCUGAGGCUAGCAAGGAGCCCUGGAACCUCUUCUCUGACAUCCCCGAUAACAAGUGGGAGCUGUACGAUGAAUCGGCUGGUAAGAACAGCCAUAGCAGAAGGGUUGUUUUCGUUGUAACUAAACUAUCUCAGAUGAGCGCGAAGAGGAUUGGUAGAUCGGCCGGUUGCGGAACAUGGAACGCGGAGAUGACCAACAAGCCGGUGAUGGACUUACAAGGUAGCAAAGUUAUGGGAUAUCAUAAACAGUUAACUUACACGGUGAAAUCCAAGGCAAGGGGCAAAGGAUCUUGGUACAUGCACGAGUUUUCGCUGUCAGAGCAAGUUCUGAAACAACCCGGGAUUAAAAGCAGCGAUUACGUCAUCUGUCGCAUAGUUAAGGAUAACUCGAAAGAUUGUAAGAUAAAGGAUUCAUCCAAGGCUACUUCUACUUCUUCAGCACGUAAUGCCAAGAUGGUUGGCCGGAAGCGCAAGGAUAGUUGUGGCGACGUCAAAAUUCAUAAUCAAGGAGAUUAUUCAUCUACAGAAGUCAUGGGAUCAGUUGGAUAUCCUCAGCAGCAAAUAGCAGUUCUGUCUCAAAAUAAUGGUACUAUUAGCACUACUAUGGAUGAUGAAAGCAUGUCAUAUUCGGGGUGUAAUGAAGGUGUUGAUGAGCCACCAGUAAUUCAUCAGCAGGAAGAAGGAUUGCCGAUUCAACAUAAUUGUUACAAUAACUUUCACAACAAUAGUGCUAGUACAAGUAUGGUUGACGGUAGCAUGUCAUAUUCCGGGGAUGAGGAAGGUGCUGAUCGACAAGGAGUCCAUCAGCUGGAAGAAGGAAGUCAACAACCAUGGAGUGGAACAGCGAGUAGUUCUUAUAUUUUCUGCGAUGUUGCACCAUCACUACGAUCAACACCGAUUCAUGAUGAUCAACCGACGUAUAAUCUUCAUCAACAGCCAUGGACUGGAACUGCGAGUAGUGCUAGUACAACAAUGGUUGACGGAAGCAUGUCAUAUUCCAGUUAUGAGGAAUGUGCUGAUCGACAAGGAGUCCAUCAGCUGGAAGAAGCAAGUCAACAACCAUGGAGUGGAACUGCGAGUAGUUCUAAUAUUGUUCGCGAUGUUGCGCCACCACUACCAUCACCACCGAUGCAUGAUGAUCAACUGACGUAUAAUCUUCAUCAACAACCAUGGAGUGGAACUGCGUGUAGUGCUGGUACAACUAUGGUUGACGGAAGCAUGUCAUAUUCCGGUUAUGAGGAAGGUGCUGAUCGACAAGGAGUCCAUCAGCUUGAUGAAAGAAGGCAACAACCAUGGAGUGGAACUGCGAUUAGUCCUAAUAUUGUUUGCGAUGUUGUGCCACCACAACCAAUUCAUGAUGAUCAACCGACGUAUAAUCUUCAUCAACAACUUAUUGAGAUGUCAGACUCAUUUUUAGCUGGCUGGAACGCUGACGGAAUGAUGCCGGCGUUGUUUGAUAACAGCGACUCGUUCCAAGUGGAACAAGCAACAGAUACUUUGUGGAAUUUCCAAUAA